CUCCGUACAGUAAGAGCAUCAGCGCCCAUGCAAGCCGUGCGGCGGCUUGCGCUCAGCCUCUGCCCUCUCAAUUUGGAUCGCGAUACAGACGGUCACUUGUUAUUAUUCACGGCGAUCCGUUCCUGACUUUCAGGACAGGCUCACAGACACGUCUGCUGUCCUUGCGUCGCAAAGCCUUGACCAUAGCCGCCGCCCAAAACGUCCACUGACUACACCCAGUGACCCAAAAUCCUGACACGGCCCUGGCGCUACCGAGCGUCGUUGACUUGUUGACCACGACGAGUUCGCUUUGUCGGAAACCCAGGAGAAAAAUCUCACAUUGCAUGUUUGCAUCGGGCCAGCGCAGGCACCAUGCAUCUUCAUGGGCGGUUACCUGGCGAUUGGGGAGCGCUCGCUGGGUCGCCUGCUGCGAUGCACCUAGUUUCUCGAGCUGAGAAAGGUCCAGACAGGAGUGUUACUUUCAUUGUAAUUGCCGUGAUUAUCUUCGUCCUCGUGGUCAUCGCGGCGGUGGCCCUGUGGACCAAACGCAGGAAGAAGCAGCACCGUGCCACGGGACAAACACAUCAAUCCACGAAUCGUUGGACGAGGCUGAACCCCUUCAAAUCAAAAGGCAGUCGCUAUCAAACCGCGCACGGUGGCGAAAGCGCCGAGCUGAAUCCGACAUCGACCCGGGCGAACCGCAACAACGAACGAGGAUCACAGGGUCGGGCGAACCGGAGUGGGGGUACGGCUGGGGCAACAGUCGACCGAAACACUUCAAUCAGAUCGGUUCUCACCCUCCCCGCCUACAGCCAAGCCGCUUCACACACGGAGCAAGUCAUUGGCCGGGAAGGCGAGCGGGAUGGCGUGGACGUGGUUGUCGACUUCCCCACCGAGCAGGAUGAAGAGGCUCUACGCGAGCAGGAGAUGAAUGCACUCUAUCAGCUCCGAGAGACGAGGCGACAACAACAUGCAGACCGAGACGAGAUGCGACGAUUACGACGCGAAGCCCAGCAGAGGAACGACUCGGCAACGCUGGCGGAACUGCGCAGCCGAGCACGAAUCGCCAGCAACAGUCACCAGAGCUUGGUCGAUGAGCUCCGCCGAGACAUUGAUCAUGCCAAGGAGAACCGACAACGAUCUACCUCCAGUGUGUCGUACGCGGAUCUCGGUGUUGCUCGUCAUGACGGUACGCGAAUCCGGGCCAGCAGUCAGGAGAGCGAACGGAUGGGUUUGUUGUCAGAUCCAGCAGAUAUGGGUCACUUGAAUCGCCCAGGGGCCGAAUCGCCGCUAUCUCAUCAGCGAGGGCGCAGCGCGUCGUCAAUUGGUAGCUUCGACGGCGACUUCCCAUCACCAGCACUGAGCCGUCCCCGUGCCGGCUCAGGCCUAUCUACACUGCGAGCAGGCUCUAGUCCAGACAUUGAAGAAUCUGAUGUGGCCAAUGAGAACAUGCCCCCGCCCGAAUACGAAGAUGUCUCACUCAACGACGAUGAUCACAGUAGCCUGGAGCAUGCGCGGGACGCGACGCAUGGGCCACCUCCAGACUACCCAGGACCCCAUCGUUCAGACUCGCAGCGCACUUACAGCAGCGGACAGGCAUCUGCAGACGACGUAGACACCGCCGGUCGCCAGUCAUCAAGGAUGAGCACAGGUCGUGGAGUUGGCGGCGCACCUCAACUGCCCAGUCUGAGGAUAGGGCGGCUUCCCGAGAUUCGGAUCGAGCCGUCAAGCGCCAUUCCUCAGCCUGAAGUGGACGAUUCGAGGCAAGAGACCUCCGAACGCCAGCCCGGGAGGUAGAGACCAGAUCAAGUCUCCUGGAUGACCGGCACGCGGGUCUUCUCGUAUAAUGUUUCUCUCCGUACAAUGAUACAAUAGCGAGGUGUUAGGGACAUGGUGUAUGGGAGUGAUUUCAGCUUCAUUGAAAGGAGACGCAAGGGGCAACAGAGUUCACGUAUAGUCAUAUAUCCAGUGUUAUGUCCUUCUAACAGAAAUACAUUGCGAACCGUGUAGAUGUUCUCACUA